AUGGCGACUAGUACGAAUGCUUCUGCAUCCACUCAUAGUGGUGAAAGUGAAGAAUUUCCUAUUGCCAAUAAUCCUGCUAUUGCAAAUCGAGUCUUGGCUUCUGCUCGUGUGAUUCCUGCAGACGAUGAUGACAAGAAGCCCCUGUGGAGGAACCUUCCUAGAGAUAUUCUACUUCCAACUGAGGGCAAUGAGAAGAUGAGGAAGAGGAGGGAUGUUUCGGCUAUUGAGUGUAGCUUCAAUCUAGAAGUCCAUAGCCAGCUUGAUGAACUGAUAGCUAGGAUGUUCUACAUAGCAGGCCUACCUUUUAAUCUUGCACGUAACCCAUAUUUUAGGAAGGCUUUCAUGUUUGCUGCCAAUCAUCCAAUUGGAGGAUAUGUCCCUCCAAGCUACAACAAGCUGAGGACAACUCUUCUUGUGCAAGAGAAGACAAAUGUUGAGAGAUUGCUGCAGCCCAUCAAGGCAACAUGGAAUUCUAAAGGUGUGAGUAUUGUAUCAGAUGGAUGGUCAGAUGCUCAAAGGCGCCCACUCUUGAAUUUCUUGGCUAUGACGGAAGAUGGUCUAAUGUUUCUUAAAGCAUUCAACACUGAAGGAAUAUCCAAGACCAAGGAAUAUAUUUUAGAGAAGAUGCUAGCUGUAAUUGAUGAGAACAUAUGUGCUCCUAGGGACAUUGAGGAUGAGCUUUAUAAUGAAUUCCAAUGGAUCAGUGAGAUCAUUGGAGAUGCUAGCAGUAUAAAGAAUUUCAUCAUGAAUCACUCCAUGAGGCUAUCCAUGUUCAAUGAGUAUAGCAAGCUUAAGUUCCUUGCCAUUGCGGAGACAAGAUUUGCCUCUGCUGUUGUGAUGAUGAAGAGGUUUGUGGCUAUAAAAGAUGCUCUUUUAGUGAUGGUAGUGAGUGAAAAGUGGACUGCCUACAGGGAGGAUAAUCCUGGUCCGACCCAAUUUGUGAAGGACAAGAUUGUGAAUGAUGUGUGGUGGGAUAAGGUGCGCUAUUUCCUUAGUUUCACUGAUCCUAUCUAUUCUAUGAUGCGGGCAGCUGAUAUUGACAAGCCAUGCCUCCACUUGAUAUAUGAAAUGCUCAAUCCUGCACGUGCUGAGGAUCUAGUUUUCACACACCAGAACUUGCAUCUUCUUUCUAGAAAAAAUGAGGAAUACAACCAUGGUCCAUCAGCAAUGUGGGAUAUUGGAGCUGAUACUUUUGAAGCUGAUUUUGAGGGCGGUGCUGAUUUCCUUGAGCAUGCUGAUUUGUCACUUGAUGAGCCAGACCUUGAAAGAGUUCUUGAAGAUCUUGGGGCACUAGGUCUGACUGAAGAUGUUGGAUCAAGUGACUGA